CAAAUUUGUUUAUGCUCCGUUAAUGAGGCUAGGUAUCACCUACUUACCGUGUGUCAUUCAUCGCAUGGUCAGAGUUAUUGACAGUGUAAACCACGUUGAUCGGAUUACUACGGCUAGAAUAUACAGUUGUGUUACAUGUAUAAAUCAAUACCUUACGGAUCCAACGUGGUACUCAACAAAUUAGC